AUGAAUGCCGCUCAUCGUCACCCCAACGAGCGCAUCAUCAUCCUACGACCCAUCCACCACAGCGCUCGCGGGUUCAAGAAGAAUGUGAACCGCGCGACGACGCAGGUGAUGAUGAAGACGGGUCAUGUCGAGAAGACCAACGAUCGCGACUAUGAAGUGGAGGAAAGACGAUUCAAGACAAUGGAGGCUGCCUCGCUACAACUACAAAAGCACUCGAAAGGCUACCUGGAUUCGUUGCGAGCCAUGACUGCCUCCCAAAUGCGAAUUGCCGAAACAAUCGAUGCCUUCUACGGCGACUCUGGCGCGAAAGACGGCGUGUCCCGCUCGUACAAACAGGCUGUCGAAGAUCUCGACGCCGAAACAAUCAAGGCUCUCGACGGCCCCUACCGCACAACCGUUCUCGAUCCCAUCACGCGAUUCUGCGCUUACUUCCCCGACGUGAACGAGUGUAUCAAGAAGCGAUCACACAAGCUGCUGGACUACGAUGCCCUGCGCGCCAGAGUGAAGCGCCUCGCCGAGAAGCCCGACAAGGACGCGACCAAGCUCCCACGGACGGAGAAGGAGAUGGAGAUGGCCAAAGCAGCGUAUGAGCAGCUCAAUGAGCAGUUGAGCAGUGAAAUGCCCCAGUUGAUAGAGCUGCGCGUGCCGUAUCUGGACCCGACGUUUGAAGCGCUCGUCAAGAUCCAGCUGAGGUUCUGCGCCGAGGCGUACUCACGGAUGGCGCAGGUUCAACAAUAUCUGGAUGCGGACACGAGAGAGCAGUAUGCAGAGGGCCAUCUCGACGCAAGGGUGGAGCAGGUGUUACAGGAGAUUCGGGAGUUGAGCAUCAGUGGCACAGUCUGA